ACAAUCACCAAGCAGGGGUGCCAAUUCAUCUUCGCCAGCCGUUUUUUGCAGUACAAACAAAGAUACGUCUGACAAUGAUACUACUACAAAUCAUAUAAUUCUGGAACAUUUAAAAAAGUUGCUUAAAAAGCAAAACAUCUUACAAAGUAUGAUGCAAGAUAUUGUAAGUGACGUAAGUGAUUUAAAAAAGAGGCUUGACAAAAGGGAUGAAGACAAUACAUUGCAGGUCCACGGGCAUGCUUCGUCUCUAUUGACAGAACUAGAAUACUUACCUGUAGGCAAUGAACAAGAGUUAGAAGAAUUUGAAACAUACCUAUCGGAUGAAGACAAUAUGAAAAAAAGUGUAAUGGCUCUGUACAAAAUUGGAGGCAAGGAUGUCUACGAUUUUCUAUUCCGUGCAACAGGACUGUUAAUUGCUGACAGAUUUGCAGGAGCAGAAUACAGCUUCUUGGGCAGAAAAUCAAAAAAGAGCUUCAAGGCUCUGAAGUUGGCAGAGUUAUUAGGGAAAGCAGCCCAGCAACAAUUUAAAGCAGCAACAUGGAAGGAAAUUGAAAAUGACAUGGCAAAAUGGUUGCGAAGGUGCACAGAACGAGCCAAGAAUAAAACUGAACAAUUAUAGAUUAAAUAAAGUACAUGAUUUGUUUUUUUUUUUAAUACACGUAUUUUACUGCA